AUGGAGGAAUCGGUGACCACUUUCGAGACUCAUUUGACAGCUGUCAUGGACGGCCUCAUACGGUCGUCCGUGUGCGAGAUCACCAAACUGUUCCAGGAGACGGUGGCCAACUACUUGGUGGAGCUAUCCCUCAACCGCAAGGAAAACGAUGCUCUUAAGCUGCGCCUGAGGCUCACUGAGAACAAGCUGAGGACGGAGCGAAUGUAUGGUGCCGGCUGGGCUGCCAGUCGUCGCAACGCCGGGCCUGCCACUACCAUUGCCGAGGAGGGAGGACCGCACAAACGGAAAAUUGAGACAGACCCAGGCAAAUCAAAGAAAGGCCCUGGAGCAGCCUAUCGCCGAGGCUGGCCUGGAGGCAUGUGGGAAGAGGGCGGAGAAGUCGGAACAGGAGCAGCAGCAGCAGCAGUGAUGGCAACUGGACAAGGAGGGAAGGAUUCCAGGCAGAUGUACCUUGUCCAGCUCCCCAGGGGUGAAGAGGAUGAGGAAGACAUGGUCCGGGAUGGAGAAGGGGAGUGCAGCCUCAGUGGUGAGGUGGAGGAUACAACCACCAUCAAAGAGGAGUUUCCUCAAAUCGACGGAUAUCAACCAACGUCUUUCAAGUUGAUCAAAGAGGCUCUGAAGAUGGACCAGGCAAAUAACAACUUCUGCGAUAGUUCCAGAUCCCAAAGUGAAGGAGACCCAGCAGAUCGUCCCCUGACCCUCACUUCGACCAAGAAAGAGGAUAACGACUGGGACAUGGGCUCAGCGGAGCAAUCGGAAGGCGGUAUGACCGCAGACGAGUUGAGGGGCUUGGAAUCCGCGCUAAGAGCAGAGAGAGGCCGUGAACAGGCCAGUAUAACAGCUUCCCAGCCCGUGUGCCCGGCGAUGGAGGUGGUCUUAGGUGGAAAGAAAGGUUUACUUCCCAAGUACAUUGGAUUGGAUGGCUUGGAGCAGGAAGGAGAUGCGGAGCAACAGCCACCCAUGCUGCAGCGUGAGCACCAGAUCGGAAGAGGCACGGUAAAGGACCAUGUGAAGGGUCGCGUUAGGACUGUGGGGGUUGGGUCAGGCAGGUUCAGGAAGACGAGAGAGAGCAACUCUGCUAUGAGUGGAGAGGACGGAGCGGAACCGGGUGAGUCCGAUCAUCUGCAUUUGUCUGCAACGGGAAGUGCGGGCGAAAGUGGAGGUGAAGAGGAGGCCAAUGCCGACCUGCUCCACUUCUGCCCUCAGUGCGGGGGAGGCUUCACCACAGAGGCUGAGAUGGAGGAACACCCCUGCCCGCUAGGUGGAGCACAUUUACAGAACAGUGGUGGCGAGGAGAACAUUUUUCCUUGCGCCCACUGCGGAAAUACAUUCAGCCAUGCGUGGGCGCUCAAAAAUCACGAAUGUGCCUGUGCUGCCGAGAGGCCGCAUUGCUGCGAAAUAUGCGGCAAGCGCUUCACACACUCGCGUUCGCUAGAGCGCCAUCAUCUUGUGCACACGGGUGAGAGGCCUCACCAGUGCCCGUUGUGCGGGCGUAGCUUCAGUCGACUGGGGAACUUAGAACGGCACCAGAGGAUUCACACAGGCGAACGUCCUUACGGGUGCGAGGCUUGCGGCAAGCGCUUCAGUCGAGUAGAGUACCUAAAGAGACAUCAGCUGAUUCACAAUGGUGAGAAGGCUUCAGUGCAGUGCUCUGCUUGUGGGGUGAACCUCCGCGAUGUGGAGCAACUAAAAAGCCACCAGUGUUCUUGA